CCAGCUCCCUCCCGCCCCAGCUGUGCCCAGCGAUGACUGCCAAGGUAGAGGUGAGGCUCGGCGGGCACCCAGCAGCGCUGGCAGGGGCCCAGGAGCAUGCCCACGCCGUCACCAGGAAUUAUGUCACCAACCCCAGGCUGACGUACCGGACCGUGUGCGGUGUCAACGGGCCGCUGGUGGUGCUGGACAAUGUGAAGUUCGCCCAGUAUGCCGAGAUUGUCAAUUUCACCCUUCCCAAUGGCACCAACAGGAGCGGGCAGGUCCUGGAAGUGGUGGGGUCUAAAGCCAUCGUGCAGGUGUUUGAAGGAACAUCUGGGAUAGACGCCAAGAAGACAUCCUGCGAGUUUACCGGGGACAUCCUCCGGACACCUGUUUCUGAGGACAUGCUAGGUCGGGUUUUCAACGGUUCUGCAAAACCCAUCGACAAAGGCCCAGCUGUUAUGGCCGAGGAUUUUCUCGAUAUUAAUGGUCAGCCUAUCAACCCUCAUGGUCGCAUAUACCCCGAGGAGAUGAUCCAGACUGGCAUCUCGCCCAUCGACGUCAUGAACAGCAUCGCCAGGGGGCAGAAAAUCCCCAUCUUCUCUGCCGCCGGGCUCCCCCACAACGAGAUCGCCGCUCAGAUCUGUAGACAGGCCGGCCUGGUGAAAAAGUCCAAGGAUGUGAUGGACUAUCACGAAGAGAACUUCGCCAUCGUCUUCGCAGCCAUGGGGGUGAACAUGGAAACCGCCCGGUUCUUCAAGUCGGACUUCGAGGAGAACGGCUCCAUGGAGAACGUGUGCCUCUUCCUGAACCUCGCCAAUGACCCCACGAUCGAGCGCAUCAUCACCCCGCGCCUGGCGCUGACCACCGCCGAGUUCCUGGCCUACCAGUGCGAGAAGCAUGUCCUGGUGAUCCUGACCGACAUGAGCUCCUACGCCGAGGCCCUGCGGGAGGUGUCGGCAGCCAGGGAGGAGGUGCCAGGCCGCAGGGGCUUCCCUGGCUACAUGUACACCGACCUGGCCACCAUCUAUGAGCGCGCCGGGCGCGUGGAGGGGAGGAACGGCUCCAUCACGCAGAUCCCCAUUCUAACCAUGCCCAACGACGACAUCACCCACCCCAUCCCCGACUUGACGGGCUUCAUCACGGAGGGGCAGGUCUACGUGGACAGACAGCUCCAUAACAGACAGAUCUACCCCCCGAUAAAUGUGCUGCCCUCCCUGUCCCGCCUGAUGAAGUCGGCCAUCGGGGAGGGCAUGACCCGGAAAGACCAUGGUGACGUGUCCAACCAGCUGUACGCCUGCUACGCCAUAGGCAAGGACGUGCAGGCCAUGAAGGCCGUGGUCGGGGAGGAGGCGCUGUCGGCAGACGACCUGCUGUACCUGGAGUUCCUGCAGAAGUUUGAGAAGCAGUUCAUCGCCCAGGGCCCCUACGAGAACAGAACCAUCUUCGAAUCGCUGGACAUCGGCUGGCAGCUGCUCCGCAUCUUCCCGAAGGAGCUGCUAAAGCGGAUCCCCGAGAGCAUCCUGGCCGAGUACUACCCGCGGGAGGCCAAAGCGCCAGGCCCGCAGCACCACGACACGGCCCUGUAGCCACCUGCUCCGCUCCGGGCCAGCCCCUCGCUCGGAGCCUCGUUACCAGCUCCUGUCACCCCCUUUGGGCCCCUCGCGGGUGUAUUUAUGUAACGGAACAGCCCCUAGUACUGCUGAGAUGGCAUUUUCCCAGGCAGUUCCCGGGUGGCUCUGCGGCUGGGGGGGCUGCGUGAUAUUUACACAGCCGGCAGCUAGUGUGCUCUGUGCUCUGUCAUGCUUCUGUGAUGCUGUCCCAGAGGUGCUGUCCCAGCGCGCCCCCUUGUGGCUGGAGGUAGUGAUGCCACAGCUCUGCCUCAGUUUCCCCACGGCAAUUUUCGGCCUGCUCUGGCUGUAAAGGUGACUGGUCCUCUGGCCCAGCCACUGGAAAGCCUUCAACCCUUUGUGGGGUGACAGGGUCCCUUAAGCCAAAGCCAAAAAAUGCGGCAAAUGAAAGAUUCCCUCUUUAACCCCUUCCUGUCUGGGGCAAGGUUUGUCUGCCCCGUCACAUCAGCACAGCUGCUGCUGGGGACCAGAGGCCCUGUGAGAUGACCAGUCCCUAUGCUAACAACAAAGCCAUGUCCCAGGUCCCCUCUCCCGGGAGCGGCUGCGGAGAUAGAGAGGCUGGGAACUUAGCUGCCUGCCCAGCAGUGCUCCCUCUGCUCGGGAACGGCAGGAGGCUGAGUGGUGCAAAGGAAGCUCUGCCAACUCCUGGAGACCCUCUGCUUCACACCGCAGCCUCUGAUCCGUAGCUAGCCAGGGCACUGGGGAGGAGGCACUGAGGAUGAUGGGAUGGAGGGAGCUCUGGGCUGCAUCCCUCUCGCUUAUGUUUCGGCAGGAAGGCAGGGCUAGGAGAGCGCAUUGGCCAGACUAGUCCCACCUUUGCAGCCCCUUCCUUGAAGCAGAUUAAGCCCAGCACUGAUGCCUCUUCACCACUAUCCAUACCCCCCACCCCCCGUGUGUCUGUUCCCUGCCCCCAUCCAGCCCUCUCUUGCCAGAGGCAGAGAUCCAAGCCCUUCUCCCACGGAGCCUGGGGUGAGGUGUGUGUCAGGGCAGCACGCUGAUUGCGCUGCUCCCCCCAAACCCAGGCAGGCCGAGCGCCCCCCACUCCCAUCUGGGAUAGUCGUUUUACUGCCCCCCCAGGCUGCCUGGUGGUUGGAGCAGCCUGGGCUCUUUGGGGAAGGGAAUGGGUUAAAAGAGGGGGGAUCCCACAUUAGAGAAGGAGGGAGAACACCCCUCAAAAUUCCACUUUCUUUGGGGGGUUGUUUUUAUUGGAAACCAAAGGUCUUUUCGGGCAACGAGGUCCAAAUCAAUACCCAAAAAGAGCCCUAGAGUGGCCCCCACCCCUGCCCUGGGGUGCCUGGGUCCCUCCCUCCCGGGCUUUCCUCCCUGCGCUUCUGGCUCCAGUCUUCCCCGCACUGCCACAGCCCCUGUCCCCACUUGGCCUUAAGCCGUACCAAAGCAGCCCAUUGUACCGCACAGUCCUGCCAGGUGUCCUCCUCCUGGAACGAGAUCGCUUCCCACCCCGUGCCCCGGGCCAGGAAUCCCGGUUCGCUCCCCCUCGCCUCACCGGCUCCAGGCCUGACCAGACAUCGCUAUUGACAAUGGACCAUGGGCCGGGACCCGCAACGGUGAGCGGGUAAUUAACCUUCAG